UAGGGCAUGGCGGGUGUGCUGCUGCGGCUGUUGCCCCUGCUUAUGGCGGGGCUGGAGCGAGCUCUAGCUCUCAGCCUGCCUCCGGCUCCGGUGCAGCCUCUGACCUUAGCCCGCCGAGAAGGUACCGAACAGCCAUGCCCACCAUCUAAGUUCUCAUGUGGCUUUGGCAUCUGUAUUCCCUCUGAGUGGCUGUGUGAUGGUGACAGAGACUGUUCAGAUGGCAGAGAUGAAACUUCCUGCUGGGCAGAGCCUUGUGCCCAUGGGGAGGAACGGUGUCCCUCUGAAACAUGUUUCCCAGUUAGAUGUGAAGGACCUGAAUGUGCUGACUUGUGGACUAAGGCCAGCUGCCCGCCACCUCCCUGCCUGGCUGAACAUCGAUUUUGUGAUGGAGUCAGUGAUUGUCCCAAUGGCACAGAUGAGCAGUUUGUGAACUGCAAGAAGCGCCAUUUGAAGCCGUCCUUCUCAGAUUGUGCCAAAGAGGGGUUCCAGUGUGCCCCAGGAGUUUGCAUUCCACAUGCAUGGGUGUGUGAUGGACACUCAGACUGUGCCAGUGGCAACGAUGAACAUCAUUGUGGAGUGACACAAAUUCCUGGAGACCAGAACACCACCUCAGCUGUAUCUCUCACCCCAGUUUAUGGAAAUCUCAUCACUUCAGAAAGACAAAGUGCCUAUGGCCUGGUCACAGUAGCAGGGGUGACACAAACUCCUGGAGAUCAGAACACCACUUCAGCUGUGUCUCUCACCCCAGGCCAUGGACACCUCACGCCUUCAGAAAGACGAAGUGCAUAUGGCCUGGUUAUGGCAGCAGCUGCUCUGAGUGGAGUUCUGGCUGCUGCCUGUCUCCUUGUGUGCUGCCAGACCUGGGCCCAAGUCCGGUGGCGCCUCCUCCCCCAGCCAAAUCUGCUGGAAGCUGUGAAGGAGUCACUGCUGAUACCUGAGAGGACACCAUCGCCCUUACUCUGAGUGCCACUUUGACUACCUUUUGGUCCUCCAGGACUGCUUAUGCAUUUGUGAAACUGGACCAGGCUUCCCUGGGGCUGAAUCAAGAGUCUUCUAGGAGGAGGAAAGGCAGAGAGGGGAGAGAGACUGUUAGUUGUACAGAACUCUUCCUCAUAAGCCUCCAUCUUAAGCUACCUCUCUCUUUAAGGCAGCCAAUAGUUCCUGACUUUGUUGCUGCCUUCUACUACCCUCAGAGGCCCUGCAUAUCUGGAUGGGUGUGAAUCCUGGUUCUUUCCAAUAGAAUGCAUCCUGCCUGCAUGGGGAUGGGGGUGGGGAGUUAACUGUUCACUCUCUCAGUGAGCUGGCUCCAUGGGCUGUACUCUUUGCUGAGCAAUGGAGGGUGUCCCUGAUACUGGCCAUAGGACAAGGAUGGUGGCCCAGGGGUGAGUUACUCCAUUCAGACACUACAGGUAAAAGAGAGAAUAUCCUCUUUACCUAGGAUGAGCUACAAUUGAGCAAUUAAAAUGAUUUCUCAAAACUUAA